UCGAUUCGAAAAGAUUGUUCCGAUAUUGAAAGCCUUACAGUUUAUCAUCACGACUUCAAGAUAUAUAAAUAUAAUAAAAAAAUUUGUCCUAAAAUAAAGCGCCUUGCAUCGCAUUAUCGAUUUAUUUUCAUAUUUUUUAAGUAUUUAUAGAUGUACUUGAUCUACAUCAUUUUCCGCCUUUCUUAGAUCUACAUCAAUUUCCCCUAUCUUAUGCUAAAUUUGUUUUGAAGGCAAAUUCUGCAAAAUAAUAUUGAUUUCCAGGUUUUCUUUUUUCAUUUUCAUUUUUUAUUCGACCAUUUGAUCUGAAAUUUUAUUCAUAGAUUGCUUUUACAAUCAUUUUUCAACAAAAAAAAGUGUUACACGUGAAUUCACACUGCACAAAAUCAAUCCCCAAUUCCAUCCAUCUCUAGAUCUGCUUUGCUUCGAUCCGCAACUGAUUCUCCUUUCAAAUUGAAGUGCAUCGUGUAUUUCUCUGUAAAUUGCAGAGGAAGGAAGGAAUAAAACUUGAACACUAAAGCUCUGCAACUCUUUGAAAGGCCUGCAACUCUUGAGGGGAAAGAGGAAAGGAAGAGGGACAGAAAAGGAUGGAGUCCUCUUCUUCUCCCACCAUGCGGGGGAGCAAGAAUGGCGGAGAAGAAGAGCUAUCAUCACCCCGCCUAAUACAAUCAACCCUAAGCCCUAGAAAACUCGAAUCGAGCAACUUCCAUUGCUGUGAUUCCUCGAACUCUUGUAGCAGCACCGACAACGUGGCGGAGGGCGUGAGCCAGCGGUUCGAUUCGAUGGAUGCGCUCGAGAUCUUGCGAGAGACGGUGAGGAUCCUCCGCUGCAAGUCCUCGGCUUUCAUGACCAUAGUUGCCGUGCUCAUAUGCCCUGUCUCCGCCAUCCUCUUGUCCGACGCCCUGGUCUUCGACCGCUCCCUCGUCAAGAGCGUCUCCCUUCGCCUUCUCUCUCUGGCCAUCUCUAGUGGGAUCCCGCCGACCCUAUUCUUGAAGCAGUCGUGCCGGAGGGUCUCGGAGAUGCUUGUGUCCUCUGCAUUUUGUUUCCCUCUCUUCAUCACCCUCUCUCUCCUCUCGAAGGCAGCAAUUGUGUACUCGGUCGCCUGCACCUACUUCGGUAAGCAGCUCUGGCUAUCCAAAUUUUUUGCAACAGUUGCCAAGAUUUGGAGGAGACUCGUAUCGACCUAUUUGUUGAACUGUGCUGCCAUUUUGGGAUGCGUGGUGCUUUUUGUGCUGGUCCUCACCACUGUAUGCAACAUGUUUGUUAUAAUGGGGGUGCCAUCGAGUUUGAUAAUUUACCCAGCUUUCGGGUUGGCGGUAGCAUUCUCGGUGGUUUUUGCUCAUGUAAUCAUUAUAUGCAAUUUGGCUAAUGUCAUUUCGGUUUUGGAGGAUCUUUCAGGCCCUCGGGCUUUUCUUAGGGCGGUGUUUUUGAUCAGGGGACAGACCCAAGUUGGUCUUUUGAUAUUUCUUGGAUCGACCAUUGGGAUGGCUUUUGUGGAGGGACUGUUUGAGUACAGGGUGAAGACCUUGAGCUAUGGCGAUGGGUCUUCAAGGAUAUGGGAGGGGCCACUGUUGGUGGUGAUGUAUUCUUUUCUGGUGCUUAUCGAUUCUAUGAUGAGCGCGGUGUUCUACUUCACAUGCAGGUCAUCUAGCUUGGAAACACUUGAUUCCGAUGACCAUGAUGCACCAGUAGUGGAACCCAUGAGAUGUUUCCCUCUGUCUCUUUUUAGCCAUUGAUACUUGGUGAUUAUCUCGUGAGGUUGUCAUUUUGGGCUGCAUUUGCCAUGGUUGAUACAUGGACGUGAUGUUGCCUUUGGCGCGAUGGCUGUGACCUCCUAUUGUCCUUCAGCUUGAUGAAAAUGAUGGCCUGUGAUUGCUGCAUUGGCUGGAUAGUAGAAUGGAUGCUCCUCUUGUUAACUCCUUUUCUUUGUCAUGUUAUGUGGGGCAAAGUUGCUGAGAGAUAACUUGAAGGCUUUGGAUUGAAAUAAAAGAGAGGAAAUCACUGAUCGAGAGGAAAGAAGAAGAACAAUUCCUAAUUCGAUGUUUUGUAUUCUUUUUUACUCCAUUUUCUUCGUUCUCUCCAAAUUCUAUACACAUGUUACCUCUUUCAUGAGGAUCUAUAAGGUGCUUCCUUCUUUUCAUGGUAAGCACUCUUCAAAUCCUAUAUUCUCAUUUGUGAGACAAUAAUGGAAUCGAAUUGCAUUUCCUAA